CGGUGCGGUGUGUUUACCGCCGGUCCAUGGUUUGAUGUUUUGAUUCCGCAACAAUUCUCUUUUAACGUCAAUAGAAAUGGAUUGCCCUAUGAAUCAGUUCGAAGCGGGAUUAGGAAAGUCACUUGUUUGUAUCGAGUACCCGGGGCGUGUGGUCAAUGUGGACAAAAUGAUUAGUACUCUCGGGGGAAUUCGAAAUAUAUCCACUGCAUACUGUGAGAAAAACCGUAGACUCGAAUUAAGAUUUCGUCCUGAUGAUGUAUUCUGUAAACCAGCUUGUGGCGACAAACAGCAAGUGUCCGCAGUCCUUUUGAAAGUUAAAGUGAGGCGAAGAAAAUCCGAUGAUCAGAUAGUCAAGGUCAAGACAAAUGUUGUUGGAAAAAUUAACUCGGUGUUUAGGUUUACCAAUCUCUGUGAUUUUCAAUAUUUGUCAAUGCAUGCACCUCCUAAUGAUUUAACAAAAAUGGAAUGCAUCUACAAUACACUCGUCCCAGAUGGAAUAGUUCCUCUGUCAUGGAUUAAUAAACCUGCCAUGUAUUUUCUUCCACCUGCAGCCUUUUCGCGAAUGGAUACAGUCCAGGGUUACAUGUACCGCAAAGAUGCUCCCUCAGAAGCUGCAGUACCACACAAUAUCAUUGGAAGAACUCGGAGAAGAAGAUCAAUUCAUGCAGUUUUUGUGAACUUUGAUGUUCCUGAGAUCCCAAAUCAGCCUAGAGAAAUGGCUCUUAAAUUAUUACAGGUGAAAUUUUUGGAAGAUUUACAUCUCAAUGUUGUUAAAAAGCUGUUUGAAGAGCGCCCUGUAUGGUCCAAAUAUGCACUUAUGUGUAAAACAAACUACACCAGUGAUCAGAUGAAGUUUCUACUGCCGACUGUUGCUUAUUACUUUGUCACUGGUCCCUGGAGAGUCAUGUGGGUUCGAUUUGGAUAUGACCCUCGUAAAGAUACAUCUGCACGAAUUUAUCAGACCCUAGAUUACCGUCUACGGCGGAAGGGUGGAAUGACCACAAAGGUCAAAGCUAAGAGGAGUUAUACAAACUAUCUUCUUCCCUAUAAGUUGACUCCAGCAUGUCAAGCCAAAGUUGCGCUUUUGAAUAAGGAGUUACCAUACAGUGAUAUGGAGGCAACUGCUAAGUCUAAGAAUGAUUCUGAGUAUCGAGAAAGUAAUUACAUGUUCACACCAGGCAUGGUUCCACCAAGCCGACAGAUGUUUUACCAAUACUGUGAUGUCCAAGUACCUGAAAUCCAGGAAAUGAUGCAGAAAUUGCCUUUACCCUUGCCUGAUUUCAAAUGUCAUGAAAGAGAUGGAUGGCUGCCAUCUGGUUUUGCAGAUCAAUGCAGAGAAAUAAUAAACAAUCUUGUUAUUGAAACUUUGAAGACUGUUAGCCCUCUCACAGAUGAAACAAGCAGCUCUGAGGCUACCACAUCCAGAAAAUUAGAGGGUUUAUCAGAUUCCAGUGAUUCUGAUGAACAGGAUGAGGAAGAUGAAAUUGGAGAGUGGGAAGUUGAUGAGGAUGAUUUGCAAGAAGAUGAUGCGAUCUGAUUCACAUACUCCAAGCUGUGUAAAUUAGUCCGUUCAAAUGUGUAUGUGUAUUUAAUGAUAUACAAAGAUUAAUUUUU